CCAAUCACCUGCUGCAGCGAGGUCACGGACGACACACCCAUCUUCCCUCAAAACCAAUGGGAACGUUAAGUGGACAAGGGGCGCGGCGACGAAUUCCACGCGCAUCAGCGCACAUCUGCACACCAUCGGAGGAAUUUCUCGAGCUCCGCGUGACUCACAGGUGUUUAUGUGAUUAUGGGCAGUACACAACAAUGGCUCACGCGACUGAAGAAUGAGUUGAGCGACAGUCCACUCGUGUCCAACGUGGCCUUCGGCUUCAUCCUGAUGGGUCUGGAGAAGUUGGUCGAGCUGGAGUUCGAGUGUCCGUGUGAUCCGAUGUGGAACGGACUCUUCUCGUCCGCGUUCUUCAUCAUCCCCGCGGUCAUGGCCCUCGCGAUUAUGAUGAUCGUCCAGGGCUGCAGGUGCGAGGUCUCGCGCAGGAGGUCCGUGUCUCUGUCCAGCGUCGUGCCCGCGGUGGUCUGGUUGAUUCUGCUCUUUUUGGACGGUCAGUACUUGGCCUGCGCGAUGACGGACUGGCACGGGAGGUACGUGAUCGUGGAUAAAGCCGCGCCGCAGAAGUGGUGCGAGCCCACGCAAGACCAGGAGAGCGUUUCUCCUCGAGACCUCAUGCUGCGCUCACAGCGGCUGUUCGUGGAGUCUCAGGUGAUCGGGAUAGUGCUGCUGAUAUUCAUCUGUUUUGGACUGGUGGUGUAUGUCAUCCGCGAGAGCUGUCAGCAAGAGCUGGAAACUCCAGAAGUCAAUGUGGCGGAGAUGAGUCUGUACAGUGCCAGCUGACACCAGCGGCCUUCUGCGUUCACAUCACAUGACCACAUCUACUGACCACAUCACAUGACCACAUCUACUGACCACAUCUACUGACAUGCUGUUCCAACUCAUCUCUCGCUAUAUGAAAGCAAAGGGACUUGUAAUGGAAGUCAGUGGAAAUGUUAAAACAUCUGGCACAACACAUUAACAAAUGAGUAAAGUGUUACAGAAUCACUUACUAACCUUGUAACCAAAUGUUGAACUCAAGUAAUGGCCACACGAGCCGGUGAACCCUUUACACGAUGUGUACAAAAAGAGCAGACACAGUUAACAAAGUCAAAGGAAUUACAAUUUGACAAUUAACUCACUUACAUGUUUAAAUAACAGACGUUUUGUACAGAAUAACACGUUUCAGUAAAGCUUCACUUUUCUGCUUUGCUAUGAAGACUUUUACUGUAACUGCAUUGAUGGACACGUUCACUGUGUUUGUCACAGAAUGUAAACACAUCAACAAUAAUGACAAAUAUGGGAAAACCAAGAGUGAAUUUGAACUGAGGACCAGUCUAGAGGAUUCAACAUUGAUUGUGUUUUAACAUUAAACUGGCUUUUGAUUUUUUAUCUCUGAAUAUUAUUUUAUUUUUUUACUAUCCAAGGGUUUUUAGAUUGGUGCUUUAGGAUUGAUGUUAAUAAUAUGACACAAAUUAUUUAAAACAAGACUAAUAAUGAACACUGUGGUUCUCUGACCUGACACUGAAUCACCGGCCCAACCAAUGGCAUCAGUGUGUGGGGGCGGGACUUCCUGUUUAUGUUGUAAUUCCAACCGAUAAGCUGGUGUAGACAUUUGCUUUAAAAUAAAACAUCUUAAACAUUUCAUAAAAGAAUAUUCAUUUAUAAUUCAAAGAUCGUUAUUCACCAAAACAUUACAGUGCUCAACUUUAAAGGGACAGUUCGCCCAAAAAUGAAAAUUUUGUCAUUGUUUACUCACCCUCAAGUUGUUUCUAACCUGUUUGCAUUUCUUUUUUUCUCAUUGACACAGAGAAAGAUAUUCAAAAGAAUGUUCGCAAAUUUCAGUUCCAGGACAUCGUUGAGUACCAUAGUAGGAUAAAUUAAAUGGUAGUCAAAGGUGCCCAGAACUGUUUCUGUCUUCCAUUCUUCAAAAUAUCUCAUUUUGGUUUCAACAGAACAACAAUUAAGCUUUUUUCCUACUAUGGUAGUGGAAUUUGUCCCAGAACUGAAAAUUGCUAGUCUCAGCCCUUAGACGUCUGAUGCAUUAGGGACACUUUUCUGGAAACACUUCAGCAUGUUCAAAGAUGUCAUCUGAUUGGUUCACAUCUGAUUGAAUUUCACAGUAUUUCCGAGAGACGUGUUGCUUUCUUUAACGGUCCACUUGGAUUGGCUGCUUAACCUGUCAGUCAUUUGGCCUCUUGGGUGGGCCUUAAAGAGCCGAUAAAUUCCAAACCUCCAGUCUAAGCGAGACUAGAAAAUUGCGAAGAUUCAACAGAACAAUAAAAUUGAUACAUGUUUGAAACUGCCCUUGGGCGAGUAAACGAUGACAGAAUUUUAUUUCCGGGUGAAGUAUCCCUUUAAGUAAAACCAAGCCACGUGAACAA